AUGAGAAAAAAUUAUAUUGUUAUAGAUGAUCGGGAAAGAUCUCGUUCUAAAGAAAAAAAACCUGUUAAACAAAUCUAAGUAAUUGAUUUAGAGGAAUCCUGCUAUUCUUUAGACAAAGGUGAUAUAAUAGGGGGAAAGUAUAAAUAUUUGGAGAGGAUCAAUGAAGGAACCUUUGGAAGAGUAAUUAAAGUAAGAGACGUUUAAUCAAAUAACUAGCGGGCAUUGAAAAUCAUUAAAAACUCAUUUCAUAAUUACGAAAAGGAAUACUAAGCAGUAUAAUUUUUAAAUUUAUUCCCUAAAUUAAUUGACCAUCCUGGUAGACAUCAUAUAGUAAAAGUAUAUGAUUUUUUUUAUCACAAAUAAUGCCAAUGCAUCCUCAUGGAGGCCUUAGGACCCUCUCUAUAUGAAUCCUUAGUAAAAAAAAAAUUUACAUAAUAAUAAAUCAAAUCUAUCAUUUAAUAGUUGUUAAAUGCAAUUGACUAUAUGCAUGAACUAUAAUAUCUUCACACCGAUAUUAAAUUAGAAAAUAUUCUUUUCAAAUCCUAAUUCGAUGAAGUUAAUGUGAAAAUAAUUGACUUUGGAAAUGUUGUUUAUGGCAGAUAGUUCUAUAAAGGUCUGGUCAAUACAGAAGAAUAUAGAGCACCUGAAGUAAUAUUGGGACUUGAAUGGAAUUCGAAGCAAGAUAUUUGGUGUCUUGGAUGUUUAAUGCAUGAAAUGUUUUUCCAAAAAGAACUGUUUGGCAAACUGAAAAAUAACAACCAAAAACAUUUAUUGAUGAUUGAGUAUUUAAACGGUCCAUUCCCAUAAUGGAUGAUCUAAGAUUCAAAAUUCUUUUCUAAAGGAAGAGUAAUUUCAGAUUAACAUCUGAGACAAGGAAUUUCAUUUUCUCAUCUUUCAGAUAUAAAUAUUCACUCAUCAUUCAUUGAAUUAUUGAGAUGGAUGUUAAAAACUGAUCCAAAAGAAAGACCUUCUGCUAAGGAAUUACUGAGACAUAAUUUUUUUAAAAUAUGA